GCUUCAGAGUCCUCCGCGAUCAAAAUAAUAGAAUAAAAAUAAAAAUACCUCCACCCAAGUAGAGAGAGAAAGUGAGAGCGCUCCCCGAGAGAGAGAGAGAGAGAUUCUUACAGCGAGCUCCUCCUCGUGGUCGCGGGAGGUCCCGACUCCGGCGAAUAUCUCCGGCGCCGGCGACUGAGCGAUCGCCGGAAACCACCUCGGCUGCGGCGGAGGUGAGGGAUUGGAGGGCUGAGAUCUUCCCAAACCCCGUUCUGCUAGGGUUGAUGGGGUUUUCUCUGUUCCCGAUGAAGACCUCGACGAGACUCCUGUGGAGCACCAGCUUCUUCCGCCACAAGGUCCACGUCUUCUUCUAAAAGCCCCAACCCUCGAUCGAUCCACACGAAGCAAGUUGUGUAUAUACAUAGAUACGUUUACAGUACGACAAGGUGAGAUUGGAGAGGGAGGUUUCUCUCUCUAGGGUAGCGGAAGAGGAGAGGCAAAUCUCGCCGGGGUUCGCGCCGCUUUCGAAGGCUUAGUGUUCGCCAUGGAUUCCGGCCAUUUGAUCUUCGAUUCCUCCACCACUCAGCACGGUCAGAUGCUCCUCUUAGGCGGGGGGAAUCCGAUCUUCCGAGGGGCGAGAUCGGUGCUGGGAAUAGAGGAAGGGGGGCGGAGCAAGCGGCCCUUCUUCACCUCCCCGGACGACCUUCUGGAAGAAGUGUACUACGACGAGCAGCUUCCGGAGAAGAAGCGCCGCCUCACUCCCGAGCAGGUGCACCUGUUGGAGGUGAGCUUUGAGGAGGAGAACAAGCUGGAGCCGGAGCGGAAGAGCGAGCUGGCGCGGAAGCUGGGGCUACAGCCGCGGCAGGUUGCGGUGUGGUUCCAGAACCGCCGCGCCCGCUGGAAGACGAAGCAGCUCGAGCGCGACUUCGACCGCCUCAAGUCCUCCUACGACUCCCUUCUCGCUGACCACGACUCCCUUCUCAAGGACAACCACCACCUCCGCGCCCAGAACAAACAGGUGAUCUCGUUGACCGAGAAGCUCCAGGCGAAGGAGGCGGAGGCGGCGGCCGCCCUGGGCCUGAAGCCGGAGGAGAAGGCGCCCGGAUCGAAUUUAACUGAACAAACCUCCACGGCGACAGUCGCGGCUCUGGACGCGCCGCCCAAGGCCGAGGACCGGCUGAGCUCUGGGACUGGUGGGAGUGCGGUGGUGGAUGGCGAGGGGGCCCACCACGGCCUGGUCGUCGACAGCAGCGGCGAUUCCUACUUUCCAGAGGAUUACCCGUGCAUCGCCCCCGUCGACGGCGGGGUCCAGUCCGAAGAGGACGAUGGGGUCAGCGACGAGGGCUGCAGCUACUACGCCGACACCGUGUUCCCCGCGGAGCACCACCACGACGGUCAACAGGACCACAACCACCACCACCAGGCGGCGGAGGAGGACGAGGCCCAGCUCGAUUGGUGGGUUUGGUAAUAAUCGCGAAUUAUAUAAGGCAAAUUGGAACUAAAUGCAAAAUCUAAACGUAUUAAUCGUCCCCUCUUCGUCUUCGGUUUGCUGCGCUUUUCUUCUUCUUCUUCUUCGUCUUCUUCCACUCCCUCUCCCUCUUCCCUACUGAUCCUGUCACCUGUCACUCGUCAAUUUCCAAGUGUUUAUGAGUAAUAGUAUGGCUACGUGUGUACUUAAUUGUCCAUGUAGUUGGGUAUUUAUAAUAUAUAUAUAUAUAUAUAUAUAUAGGAAUGGUGGGAAUAAGAGUUUUUAGAGUAAAGGAACUCUCUCUAUGCUGUCUGGUGUUGUUGGUGUUAUCUGUCAUCGCACUGUGAGAAGUAAUGCUUGUUUCCGUUGCUGAUUAGUUAUUCUCUUUGUGGAAUUGUGUUUUUACUGCU